CCCCGCCCACUCAGCCUCUGACCCGCCCCGGGAGCCCCGGCCACCGCCGUCGCCGUUCCCGCGCUCUGCGGGGAGCCGCAACGGCCGCGGCGCCCUCCCCUUGGGGGAGCCCCGCUCGGUGUCGCCUCGUCCCGGACUUCCCUGCCCGCUCCCUCCCCGGGCGAUGGCCGACUCCCACGUCGCUCGGCAGCCGCAAAAUGAUGGCUAUCGAUCCUUAUCCCUGUCUGGUCAUGUUGGUUUUGAUAGUUUACCAGAUCAACUGGUUAACAAAUCCAUCAAACAGGGCUUCUGCUUCAACAUCCUUUGUAUUGGGGAAACUGGAAUUGGGAAAUCAACCUUGAUAGACAGUUUGUUUAACACCAGUUUUCAUGACCCUGUGUCAACACAUUUUCAACCAAAUGUAAGACUUAGAGCCCGCACAUACGAACUGCAGGAAAGUAAUGUUCAUUUGAAACUGACCAUUGUAAACACAGUGGGGUUUGGUGACCAGAUAAACAAAGAAGAUAGCUAUCAGCCAAUAGUGGAUUAUAUAGAUGCACAAUUUGAAGCCUAUCUCCAGGAAGAACUGAAAAUUAAACGUUCUUUGCAUAGCUACCAUGAUACUCGCAUCCAUGUCUGCCUCUAUUUCACUUCACCUACAGGCCAUUCCCUUAAAACUCUAGAUUUGUUAACCAUGAAAAGUCUUGACAGCAAGGUGAACAUUAUACCAAUUAUAGGCAAAGCAGACAGCAUUUCUAAAACCGAGCUACAGAAGUUCAAGAUCAAACUCAUGAGUGAAUUGGUUAGUAAUGGCAUCCAGAUAUACCAGUUUCCAACUGAUGAUGAAACCGUUUCUAAAAUUAAUGCCAUCAUGAAUGGACAUUUACCGUUUGCUGUAGUAGGAAGUACAGAAGAGGUGAAAGUUGGAAACAAAAUGGUGAAAGCUCGUCAGUACCCGUGGGGCAUUGUGCAAGUGGAAAAUGAGAACCACUGCGACUUUGUAAGGCUUCGUGAGAUGCUCAUUUGCACGAAUAUGGAAGACUUAAGAGAACAGACUCAUGCACGACAUUAUGAGCUGUACAGACGCUGCAGACUGGAGGAGAUGGGCUUCAGAGACACUGACCCUGAGAACAAACCAGUCAGGCUUCCAUGUCCUAAAUCUUACACAGAUAGAAAAACUGUAUGUCACAGCUAUGCUUCUGUAGAAAGUCUACAGGAGGCCUAUGAGGCGAAGAGGCAUGAGUUCUACAUUGAGAUGCAGAGGAAAGAGGAGGAGAUGAGACAAGUGUUUGUGCAGAGAGUGAAGGAAAAAGAAGCAAUAUUGAAAGAAGCAGAGCAAGAAAUACAGGCUAAAUUUGAACAUCUUAAGCGACUACAUCAAGAAGAGAGGCUGAAACUAGAAAAAAACAGAAGAGUUCUAGAGGAUGAAAUGGCUAUGUUUAUUAAAAAGAAAGCUACUGCUGAAUUACUCCAAACACAAGCAUUAGUCUCUACACCUGUUGUUAGUUUGAAGAAAGACAAAGACCGCAAAAACUUUACGUAAUACUGAUGAUAGAGGAAGCAAAUGUUGAUAAUUUCUCUCAAGGAAGCUGUGAUUCACAGUGUGCUUUUGAAGGGGAAGGAGUUGCUGUUUUUUACUGAAAGAAUUUGGAAAAUGUCUCUUAUUACUGCAGGCUACAAGAGAAGAUUUUUUAAAGUAUGAUCUAUAUGCAUAUGGUGCUGUGAUUACUGUCACGUUAAUAUGUCUUCAUGGACUUUCUAUUACGCAGCUGCCUUGUUAUGCACUUGCUUUACAUACAUGUGGCCAAAUUACAUUCAAUUUUUAUGCAUUGUAUGAAGGAAAAUGUCCAUGCCAUAAACUGUUUCACUCAUAUGAAUGCCAUAGUACAGAAGUAUUUAGUGAAUAUAUCUAAUAUAACCUUUCUCAAGAGUUAUUUUUAUAUGGUAUGUUAAUCUACUAAAUAAUAUUUAAUACAACUGUUGACAUAAUUCAGCUACUUACUGAUUUUGCUGACAAGAAUUCAUUUAUAAGCUUAUAAACAAGCACUGUCCUAAUUUUUGGAUAGAAUCUUUCUAAUCAAAAUUUAUCAGAUAUUUUUGCAGUGCUGUUGUGUUACAUGCUAGUUUAUCUGACAUUACUAAUUUAGUUUGGAAAGUAUCUGUAACUUAAUGCUUGUGACUUUGCAGUCACAGCAAGAGGCUAAACUUUACAAAAAGCAUUAACUUCAAGAGCUUCAGGUUAAAGCAAGUUUAAAAUAGUUUCUGUCUUUCUAGUAGUUAGAACUAAUUGGAAACAUUCUAUAAAAGUGCAAUUCUCUGAAUUUGUUUUGUGUGACUACUUUUAAAUAAAAUAUUAACUUGAGAGAAAUAAAACAUAUUGGUUUUGCUUAA